AAGCGACUUGGGGUAAUUCCAUCAUCAGCCAUGGCGUUGAAUCUGAGUGCCGCGUCUCUCUCCCAGUCCCAGAUUUCUUCGUCCGCGUCCCCUUCGACUUCGGCUUCCAGUUGCGGAGGUCAUCAGUUUGUCUUCUUAAAACAAAAGCACAAGGAUCCCUUGACGAAGCAGCUCCGGCGCCAUAUUCCUUCUUCCAAGGCGUUUGUCCAAGCCGCUGACAAUGGAGAAUCCGAGCCUUCUUCUUCCUCCUCCUCCUCCUCUUCUGAAUCGUUGGUGAUGUCCUCAUCACGCACACAGCUGGAUUUAUUGGAACAACUUACAUCGGCCUCACCAUCUCCUAAUGGUAAAGGUUACGAGAGUGAUAGAGCAACUUCCACGACGAUCCGUGAGCAGCUCAUUCGCUUGGCUGGGGACAGAGACGGUGACGACUUCACCAUUAAAUUGGUGGGUAAAAAUCUAAACAAGGCCAGCCCCAAGUUCUUGACAACUUCCCAGAAGAGAAACAUCAAGCGACAAGCUUACUUGAAUGAGGUAUCAACAAGGAAUGACUCUGUUUUCUUUGCCACUAUCGGAGCCUUUGUCCUUCUUCCACCUUUGAUCAUCUUGGGGAUCGCCGUGGCUACUGGUUAUGUUCAGCUCUUUCCCUAAGCGGUAGGAGUAGGAUGUAUAUGCAUACUUGUCAUCAUCGCCUGUUUAUAUUAUAUCUGUAUAGUCAAUGAAAUUCAAGUUGGCUUUACCACUAGUUCUAGUAAUAAUGUCUGGUUUUCAUUUUUGGAAUGGACUGGUGGGAUGGGGAAAGAAGUAUCUUGUGGUUCUUGAUGACAUCUGUAACUUUGAUCCCGAGAUGUGCUGAGAUCUGUGCUUGAAGAAUUGUACACUUGUAGUUGGCCGUGGAAACAGGAGAUUAGUCACUGCACGAUUUGACAACUUUGUUAGCAUGAUGAGUCGAGGCUAGCCUAGAUCCAAUGAGAAUAGCAUGGUCACUUAUUGCACGCAAUGCUGACUAUCUUGCUGUCAAAUUUCAUACAUCAUCU